ACACACAGACACACACACACACACGCACCUCUGCCUCUGCAGGCGGAUGAGGGGCACUUUUGAAAAUUAUUUUCUUUCCACACCCAACCCUCGUCUGACAUCACUUCUGCAGGAGGGAGGGCGGGAACAGCCCCGCCGCCAGAAGGUCGCGGAGAGCUCCGCCGGCCCCCGCGCACCAUUUGUCUCAAACUAAAUACUCUUCAAAUCAAGGAUGUUGAUUCUUCUGGCUUUCAUUAUUAUAUUUCACAUAACUUCAGCAGCGCUGUUGUUCAUCUCAACUAUUGACAAUGCCUGGUGGGUAGGAGAUAACUUUUCUACAGAUGUCUGGAGUGCAUGUGCCACAAAUAAUAGCACCUGCACACCUAUUACUGUUCAAUUCAGAGAAUAUCAAUCAAUUCAGGCUGUUCAGGCCUGCAUGGUCCUAUCUACUAUUUUCUGUUGUGUGGCAUUUCUGGUUUUCAUUCUUCAACUUUUCCGUCUAAAGCAAGGAGAAAGAUUUGUGUUAACCUCUAUUAUCCAGCUCCUGUCAUGUCUGUGCGUUAUGAUUGCAGCUUCCAUUUACACAGAUAGGCAUGAGGAACUGCACAAGAGCAUUGAAUAUGCCAUUGAAGUUUCUAAAGGCCAAUAUGGCUAUUCCUUUGUCUUAGCCUGGAUUGCAUUCGCCUUUACUCUGAUCAGUGGUGUUAUGUACCUAGUAUUAAGGAAACGUAAAUAAAUGUUGGCAGCUAGUUAUUACUGUCACGGCAGUACAAAACCAAAUUCCAGUAACUAUUUUGUAUAUAAUCAUUUACAUGGUUUUGUAGUAAAGGUAUUGUUUCUCUAAAAAUGUACUGUGUUCUUAAUAUGAAACAGAAUACAAAACAAAAAACAACCAACAGCAGGUUUAAUGGAAUGCCUGGCAUUCGGUCUGAGCAAGACUGACCCAAGUUUUCUUUUACUUAUUUCACCAUCAUCAGUGGUGAAAUGGUGUCUUUCCUUUUCUAGACAUUAACAGUUCUUGGCCUCUGUCAGAUUACUAUUAAAGUCUUUGUAAAUUAAUUUGGAAGCAAUGUGCUAAGCAUACUCCUGGCCUGGAUCUAGCCCUUUGGGAUGGAUAAAUACAGGGGAAGUGAAAAAUGAGGCCAGGAUCGUGAUGCAAAAGCAAACAAGUAUAAAAGCCCAAAGCUGCACUCAAUGUUGCUGUUCUAGCAGAGGACGAAUGUUCUGCUAUUUAUAAUGUGCAGUAAGUGUCAUCAAGCUUUUAUUAAAACCACUUGCUCUGCAAAAGUAAACAACUCCUUUUUGUACUCCAGCAACUGAUUCUCUUUAUCCUUCUUCACGUUUAAUUUAAGCAUACAGAGCCUUUGGCAGGAAAAGUUACAAUCAAAUUCGAAAUUCAGUGCACAACUUGGGACAGGAGUAGUCUGAGCAGAAAGAGGUACUCCACUCAAGUCCUGCAGCCCUUUAUUUUUGCAUUGUGCAGUAUCAAAUUUAACACUUUUUUUUUCAGCCAAACUCAGUAUGUUUAUUACAUUGGGCUCUGGCUAGAUAUAUCAUGUUGGCUAAUAUAUGAUUUAGAAAAGGCUCUUCUUUUUUGUUUUUCCUGUGUCUGCUCACUAGGAAAUUGGCCUUUACAAAAUUCAUUCUAAGUUCCUAUGUGGAUUUGACUUGAAUAAGGAUUCCUACUAAAGAAAUCAGAGUGUAACUAUUAUGCAUAGGAGUUCCAGGAUAGUUUUAAGAAUUUUUGGUGAUUCUUUCUUUUCAAUAAUUCUGUGAGAGAAUUACUGUAAUACCAGAUUUAACUGCUCAGCAAUAUAAUACUGGCUUUGGCUGGUGGUGAUUUCAGGGUUUGGAGACCAGUGUGGGGAAUGAAUUAAGUGGCUUUUUCUGGUUAGUCACACUUCUGAUGUUAAAAUGUAGAUUUGACUUUGUAAAAGCAUUAACCCUGUAUUCAUUUCAUGAUACUCACUGCAGCUGACCCAAUAUAUAGGCAAUAAAAAUAAAUGAAUUUUAAAUGAGAUUUUACACUUAAUGUAGAACAAAAUUCCUAUUACAAAAUAAUGUAGCUCUACUAAUGUUGAUAACUUACCCUAUUACACAGCAGCUGAUAGUCUGACCCAUUGCUGCAGGUAGUUCAUCCUUGAGUUCUCACAGAACUGUAUAGGAAUUGUGUCGGACAUGAGUAAUGGGUCAUGCUGUUCCAUCUCCAUUCCCUGAACAUCCUAAAAUGCACUAACGAGUAAUACUUCUAUUAGGGAGCAAAGAAAGCACAACAGGACUGGCAAGAAGUUAAUUAGACAACUAAGCAGAACAGCAAAUUAAUAGUAAAAAUAACAGCAGUUAAAAAAAAACCUCAAUAAAUCAGUCUGAGCGAAAUGCAUUCUCACCUUCCCAGUCUUGCAUGAUGCUAAUCUUCUGUUAGUCGUUUUUCUCUUAGUGGGAACACUCUGAAUUUCAGGCAUUACUACCCUACUUUUUAAAAAAGUGUUUCUGCUGUUUGCUGAAUACAUUUCAGAUUCAAAACGUGAAUUUUGCUAGCAAGCAGGAUUUGUUUUAAAUAAACAGAUGUAGGUUUAAGGCUGAAAGUAGAUAGUCUGUAAGUUGGGUGUUUGGCUAGUCUUAUUCAAACAUGAAAUAUUAAGGGUGAAAUUCUAAAACAAAUGUGCAUUGAAGCUAUUUUAUAUCUAGAAGAUAAUCCUAUAACACUGUAAAUUAAGCUGAAAUGCCACUGACUUGAAGAGAUGCUUCUUCAGUUUCUUGCCUUAAUAAUGCUUAGGUCAUUUAUAGAGCAAAUAUUUAAGAUAAAGAUGUAUAUAUACAUGAACUCAGCUUACUUCUACAGUAAAAGCUCUGUCACUUUAGUUAGAAGUGAAAAGCACACACAGCAGCAUAUACAUGGUGCCACACAGAGAACAUACGUCAAUAUUCGAAGUACCAAGAAAAUAAAUGCCAAAAAGUUUGGACAAGAGUUUUAACAGGACAAACAUAUUUUAGAAUAUUCUUUUAUCUGAUAUGCUUUUAAAAUAUACCAUUUUCUAUGCUCUAUAUAUUCUGAAAUUGUACAUGAAAAUAAAGUUAAAAUGAAUUCUUGUAUUGUA